CUAGUUUUGCAACAGAUGUUUUUCACUUGCCGAAUAUAAAGUUGACCAGCGAUUCUAGAAGUAUUUUGAGGAAAAUUGAAUUAAAUUAAUAAAUAAAAGGAGAAUUAAAAUCGAGAAACAGUGGAUAAAUUAGCGAGAAAUAUGAAUAAGCACCUUUUUAAAAAAUAUGGAGCGCAAACCCCGAGCACGUCGGCAGCGGCAGUACCGAUAAAAAAGGCAAAAUAUGCGACCGAAAAUAGAAUCCUCUUAGAAAACAGCUCAAGACGCGUUAGUGUGGCCAGUGAAUGCACUAUAGAAUCACGGAGAAUAAGCGUAUCAACAUCGGCCAUACAAACAAAUGAAACCAACCAAGAAGUUUUCCAAGUUGUGUGUUGCAGUCACUGUAACGUGUUUGAAAAACAACUGCAAGCAAUGGAUAAAAAAAUAGAAGUCCUGCACAAUGUGGUGGAAACCCAAAACGCCGCGAUCAUGGAUGCAAUAGCCGGGCAAAAGGUGGCUACAGAGCAACUGGAGCGUCAAGAAGCGCAAAAUACAGCAGUCGUCAAAUACUUUCCGGUAUGCGAUAUACCUGAAAUGCAAGCGUUGGAAUUCAAAAUAACUUCUGCCAACAGAGAUAUUUAUGAGGUUGCUAUUUCAUCCAUUUUAUGCAACAACAUUAAAAAUAUUUCAUCGCUACUAAAAAUAGAGGUAAUCAACCAAUUAAAUGUGGAUGGAUCUCAUGGAAAGGUUGGACUUAAAUCCUUUCCAAACUUUUAUGGUGCACUUGCAGGAGCCAUUGCUAAAAUGCCGUUUAAGGGAUUGACGCCGGAAGAUACUGUCAGAAACGCACUUAAAUUUGAAAAGGCAAAAUUUUUCAAAAAGGCAUAUCGACAAAAGAAAAAAAAUUCAGAAAACUAAUUUUUAAGUUAAUCAAAUUUAUAAAUUGGAAUUCUUUUAUUAUCCAUCUCAAAGAAGCACAUGCACAAA